UCUCGGUUUUGAUAACGACUCACGAGCACCGACUCCUCACCUGCCAAGCCCUAGAUAGCCUUUUGUCGAAUCCUCCACGGCCGAAUCUUGGUGCAAAACUAGCCGUCACCCACCGAGCCAACACGCCGGAUCACCAUGGACUCGCGCCGUCUCCCGCGAACUGUUAUCGACCCUAAGGUCCGCCUGGUAGGCUUCUUCACAUCCGGUGAUCCACCACCGGCACGCUUUAACCCCAACACCGCGGAUGCUACUGCCGCCACCGCCGCCGCCAUAUCUUCCUCUUCACAGAAUUCCGAUAUCAACCUCACCGGCAAUUCCCUUUCCCCCGUCAUGAUCCCACCACUUCGUCGCAUGUCGCCUCGCCGGUGCGAUGAGAUGCAGAUGCCGAUCGGGAGCUACAACCCGUCGGAAUCCUUACUAGGGACGUCGCCCUCGAGAAGAGGAAUUAAUGGACCGGAUUUUUCUGAGGUUGCAACCUCGGCGUGGCUUGGGAUAUCUGGGUCUAUGAAGGCUGCGGCGUCAUUCCCGGGAAGUAGCGGGGAAAUGAUGAUGGUUGGGAAGAAUGGCGGGAAUGCUCUGGUUAAGAACAUGGAUACAACAGAAUUGGCUGCAAAAACGGUUCCAGGGGUAACUGAGAAGGACGGUGGAACUCUUACUGAUAUGAAAAAUGAAGGGGCUGGGACUGUUAGACAUCAGAAACAGAUGACCACUAGAGCUGAACGACGAGCCAUUCAGGAAGCACAACGAGCCUCAAAGGCUGCAGCAAUGAUGGAUGAGAAGGAUGGUGGAACUCGUACUGAUAUUAAAAAUGAAGGGGCUGGGACUGUUAGACAUCAGAAACAGACGACCACUAAAGCUGAACGACGAGCCAUUCAGGAAGCACAACGAGCCUCAAAGGCUGUAACAAUGAUGGAUGGUAAAGGAGGCAAGUCUAUAGCUUCAACUGGAGGUGGAGCUCCUUCUAUCUCAAACCAAGAGAAGGUUCUGAAACAAUCUCAAAAGAAGGAUGGGCCUCAGGAAACUGGUGCAACUUCUGAAAAGAAGGUUAGCCGCAACCCUGAUAAAGACAGAAAAAAAGAUAUUCCUCAGCCUCGAAUGCAGUUUGAUGAUAAGAAUCGGGUUGAAAAGGCUAAAAGACGGGCAGUUGUUAAUCAGUUUGAAGCUAGAAAUAGAGUUGAGUUGUUCCGGCACUUGCCUCAGUAUGAACAUGGACCUCAGCUUCCAUAUCUUGAAUCAAAGUUUUUUCACCUUGAUAAUAUACAUCCUUCGGUAUACAAGGUUGGACUUAAGUAUCUAUCAGGGACCAUUACUGGUGGGAAUGCUCGAUGUCAAGAAAUGCUUCUGGCAUUUCGUGAGGCAAUUAUAGAUUACUCUACACCGCCAGAGAAAGUUCUUGUACGUGAUUUGACCUCGAAAAUUGGUAGUUAUGUUUCAUUUUUAAUUGAGUGCAGGCCCCUUUCCGUUAGCAUGGGAAAUGCUAUCAGGUUUUUGAAGAAUAGGGUUGCAAAGUUACAUCAUAAUGUGUCGGAAUCUGAAGCAAAAUCCCGUCUUAUUUCGGAUGUAGACCGUUUCAUUAAUGAGAAAAUAAUAGUUGCUGACCAGAUUAUAGUUCAACAUGCUGUCACAAAAAUUAGGGAUGGUGAUGUACUACUCAUAUAUGGAUAUUCAACUGUUGUUGAAAUGAUAUUACUACAUGCACAUGAGCAAGGAAAGCAGUUUCGUGUCAUGGUAGUUGAUUCUCGGCCAAAGCUUGAAGGAAAAAUAUUACUUCGUAAAUUGGUUAUGAAAGGUCUCAGCUGCACAUACACGCACAUAAAUGCCAUUUCGUACGUCAUGCAUGAAGUUAAAUGUGUUUUUCUUGGGGCAUCUGCAAUAUUGUCCAAUGGAACUGUUUUUUCAAGAGUUGGAACAGCUUGUAUUGCAAUGGUCGCUCAUGCAUUUAGAGUUCCUGUUCUCAUAUGCUGCGAGGCAUAUAAGUUCCAUGAAAGAGUGCAACUUGAUUCAAUAUGCUCCAAUGAACUUGGUAACCCAGAUGUAAUCUCAAACGUUCCUGGGAAAGAAGAUGUGAAUCAUCUGGCAAAUUGGGCUGAUCAUAAGAAUCUUCAGCUUUUGAAUCUUUUUUAUGAUGCAACUCCUUCUGACUAUGUAUCGAUGAUUGUGACAGAGCAUGGAAUGGUUCCUCCAACCAGUGUGCCUGUUAUUGUGCGAGAAUAUGGAAAGGAUCAGUUCAUAUUUUGAUAGCUUCCUUUCUGGCAGCAAUACAUUUUGCCUUGAAGAUCGUAUGUUAAUUCCAUAAUAUCACCUUUUUCUAGUAUUUUUUCUCCCCCUUUGCUAGGAAUAAAUGGUUGAUUUCAAUCUCUAAAAGUUCCGGCAGCCUAUAUUUUACAGGGACUUUAACUAGUGUAGAGUGCAGCAGUUGGCCUCUCCAGGUAUUUUUUUUUCUCUAGGAUAUGAUUUUUUUUGCUCCACAUAACUGUGUUGUGUAAGUGUAAUUGUCUGAACAGAAAUUUUGUUAAUUUUCUCGGUGAUCGAUGCUAUUUCUUUCUUUCCUCUAAA